UGGAAAAAUGGAAGAGAAGCAGGAAACUGGUCUUCCUGGGCAUCCCAACGUACUGGGGAUCAGGACUCGCGGAAUAUAAUGAACUCAGGUAUCGUUUCAUGGCCAUGGACCGACUCGGCAUUGAUCUUCAGAAAGUAUGCGAGCGCAACGGAGGGCGACUAAAGCCAGCCACCGUUCUCCAGCUGGGCCAAGGACUGGUGGAUGUUCUGGAGUAUAUUCAUGAGAACGAGUAUGUCCAUGCAGAUAUUAAAGCUGCCAACCUCAUGCUGGGCUGCAGAGACCCUGAACAUGUCUAUCUAGCAGACUAUGGGCUGUCCUACAGAUACUGUCCGGAUGGAGUCCACAAAGAAUACAAGGAGAACCCCAAGAAGGGCCACAAUGGAACCAUCGAAUACACCAGCCUUGAUGCUCACAAAGGACUUGCACCAUCUAGACGUGGCGACCUCCAGAUUCUGGGUUUUUGUCUUCUGCACUGGCUAUGCGGGUCUCUGCCUUGGGACAAAGUUCUCAAGAACCCAACUCAGGUCCAGGAGGCCAAGACCAGGCUGAUGGGUAAUCUGCCAGACUCAGUCCUGCAGCUGUCGGCCAGUGGAGCCAGCACAGAUGAGGUGGCCGCAUUAUUCAGUUAUGUGAAAACUCUGGACUACCAAGAUAAGCCAAACUACCAGCAUCUCAAACAGCUGCUGGCCAGUGAUGUCACGGGAAGACUGGAUUUCUCCAUGCCGCCUGGAGCUGCAGGGGAGUCCACCACCAAGGGACAAAACCCCCCCGCCAGGAAAAAGAAAGCAGGACGAGCCAGAGGGCCCCCCAGAGCCAAGGUCGUGAACACAGAGCUGGAUGAUGAACAAGAGGAGGAGACGAUGAGGUCUAAACCGGUGCAAGCUCGCUACAUAAGAGGACCACCCCGCCCCAGAACUCAGUCACAACCGGAGGAGGGAGUUGUGCCUACGGUCGGCAGAUCAUUGAGGCCAAGACCUGAGAUGUCCUAUGGAGAAGCUGACAGUGAAACUGAGGAGAAAGAGGAAGAGGAGGGGGAGGCCAGACCCAGACCCAUCCCUGCAUGCUAUCUGAGAGGCCCCCCGAUCGGGCCCAGAGCUCAGCCUAAACAGAAAACUAAACCCAAAUGGAGCGGCAGGAAAACAGACGCCCGCCCCGUGACAUCAGGGAGACAGGAAGGACGACUCCACGCGCAAAGGAACAAACUCAUACUGACCGAGUGGGACGGCAACGAUCGAACACACACAGACCGCGACCAGGGGUGGGACGCCCUAAAGGAGGCUCACCCUCGGGCCAAGCCAGUGCUCCAGCACAGAGAGGGCCACAGCCAUCGCCAGUGUCGCCACGGCGACCUGUGUUAUGAACACAGACACGGCUGUGGUGAAUGGAACGGGUCUGCUGACGGAGAUCCAGAACAGGAAUCUGGUCCCACACAGAGGAAGGUUCAGUUUUCUUGGUUUCUCUUUGUGGGCGUCUUCCUUUUCCUGGGAGCUGCUCUGUGUUGUCUCUCUCAUGGUGCAUUUAAACCCAGUUGAACAAGAAAUAAUUUUUGGCCAGCUACUGUAAGGGGUCUACUAGUUUCAGCGUGGUCUCUCAAGCCGUUUCCCAAAGUCGAGGUGGCGCCGACGGGAACACAAAGCCACUUCUCCUCACUUCUGGGCUGCCAUUUUCACAGUAAUAGGCUGAAAGAGAAGGAGAAGUUUAUUCUGCUUAUUAAAUGUUUCAUUCAGAAGGGAGCACUCAUUUCAGACUGGGCUGUAAGAUGAAAGACUCCCAAAUACACAAAAAAAACAAAAAACAGCCAUAUACACAAAUAAAUCUGCCUUUGAAUUAACGGCAUGCUGCACUGACAGAUAUCCCGGAUCGUACUCCUUUAUCAAAUAAGGAGUGGCGGGAGUGAAACCGACUGAAUGCAGCGAGUUCUCGUGUGAACACACUCGGCAGCCUUUCAGCCAAAGAGAAGCUGACAUGAUGUACAAAGCCAUGCUAAUUAAGCCGGCUGAAUCUCUAUUGAGUGUGCAGGCCUUUAUGAAGCCCGGUGGAGGCAGCUGUCAGUCACGCUGUGAGACGCACACGUACCUUGCUGCAGUAAGGACACUCUCCAAAAACAACGUUGAAGCUCUGCCUGCUGGAGGGCAGCGCUCGCAGCCACUGAAGCAAAAGGACAAAGGAGAAAGAAAAAAAAAAAAAAAGAGACCACGUCAUCAAAUCUGGAUGUAGUGUUCGGUGUCAAGUCAAUGUACACGUAUUACUUCACACGGUUAUCUGGCGCGUAACAUUUUUAAAGGCUUUUAGGUGGAACUUUGACUCCUUCCUGCCACUUCUUGUAGGCUUUAAAAAGAGAUGAAUAUCAUUAGUCUCAUUAAAUAGAGUAUAAAAACAAAAGGAAUCUGCUCGGCAAAUGGAACUCCUUUCCAUUGUCAUGAAGCGGCACCAGUCCACCUUAACUUAACCUGUGUGUGAGACUCCCUUAACAGUAUCAGAACUAACCAGUCCCUCCAGGAUUGUGGAGGCCGCAAAGUCCCUGACGGCACGGGAGCUUUUGUAAAACAUUUUAAUAAAUGUUGCAAUGUUUUUUGUAUGUUUGUUGCAAUGAAGUUGUGGGAGACAGAGAAAGUUGCAAAAAAAUGUGUAGGUAUAUUAAUGUUUAACCCUCCAGAAAUAUACUUCAGCAUAUGAUGCAUAGCUUAAUUAUCCACAAUGAGGAUGCAUAUAAAAACCCAGUUCAUUUCAUGUAAUCAAGCACAAAGGGAGUUUGACUUGACUUUAAGCCCAUUACCGGGACCAUCUCUGAGGAAAGCUAGGGGAGAUGUUGAUACGGCAAGAGGGAAGACAUUGAUGAUUUCAACAAGCUUUUCAUUUAUCUGGC